UCUGGAAAAAAAAUCGGCAAUCCAACCAAGCGAGCGCACGACAAAUGAAUAUUACCCCCCGAUAUGCACACAAUGUCCCUAUAUUCAAUAUCCAUAGUCAAUAACAGGAGAUCGUCCGCGCUGUGGUCGUCAAUUGUCGCGAGUUCCGUUGUAGGUGGUAAUAAUAACCGUGUAUCGUAACCGUGAUAAAUAAGUUUUUUCCGGUCGUGCAGUGUGUGUAUGUACACAUCAAUAUACAUGCAUACAUGUGUACAUAGGUGUGCACGUGUGGCACCGCUCCAGACGAAGCGUGAGGAGGCGAGACGAGGCAGGACUGAGCACAAGCGACAGAGUUGUGACGGAUUGUGCUGGAUCUGGUGUGCGUAGCCAGUGCGAAAGAAAAUAGACUAUCUGCCGCGUGCGUGCACUAACGGGGAAAGGCCAACGGCCGGGUGGUGCUCGCAUAUGUCUAGACUCGCGAGUACCCAAAUCCUGGCUACAACACAGGUGAAGAGGGCGGCCGCCGCUACCACCGCCGCCACCGCCGCCACCGCCGCUGCUGCCGCCGAUCUCACGGCGGUGGUGGAUUACUCUACUUCUGCUAAGCGUAUCAAGCUGAUCACGACCACAGACAUCGCGCAACUGACUACCGACGAAACCGAGGCAGACGGCACCGGCGGGAAGGUCGACAUCGUCAUCAUGACGGACACGGCGGCUGCCGCCGCGACCGACACGCAGAAGAGGGCGAAUUUCUCCGCGUUAGCCGUUGGCAACCCCAACGGCGUCAACAAGAUCUCGCCGAACCUGGCGAACGCGAAACCCGGCUCCGCGAAAAAGCUCGUCAUUAAAAACUUCAAAAAUAAACCAAAAUUACCAGAGAACUAUCAAGAACAGACAUGGGAAAAAUUACAGGAGGCUGUGGUUGCCAUACAAACCAGCAAAAGCAUUCGCUAUUCCUUAGAGGAACUUUACCAAGCAGUUGAAAAUAUGUGUAACCACAAAAUGGCAUCAACACUUUAUACAAAUUUAACCAUUCUGACAGAAUCUCAUGUGAAAGCCAAUAUUGAACAGUUUUUGGCAGAAUCAAUGGACAGACAUAUAUUCUUGAAAAAGAUGAAUGAAUGUUGGCAAUCACACUGUAGACAAAUGAUUAUGAUCAGGAGUAUUUUUCUGUAUCUUGACAGAACAUAUGUUCUACAAAAUCCAAGCAUUUCAUCGAUAUGGGAUAUGGGAUUACAUCUCUUCCGACUACAUAUUGUGCUGAACAAUUUAGUACAAACACGCACGGUGGAAGGUCUUCUUAUGCUUAUUGAAAAGGAACGACAAGGUGAUACUGUGGAUCGAACACUUCUCAAGUCUCUGUUAAGAAUGUUAUCAGAUCUACAGAUUUACCAAGAGGCCUUUGAAACAAAGUUCCUAGUAGCUACAGAAAGAUUGUAUGCUGCUGAGGGUCAGCGAUUAAUGAAUGAGCAUGAUGUUCCUGAGUAUUUGGCUCAUGUGGAUAAACGUCUCCAGGAAGAAAACGAACGACUGUUACAUUAUCUUGAUACAUCAACUAAAUGGUCGCUCAUACACACGGUAGAAAAACAAUUAUUGUCUGAACAUAUUACUAGCAUUUUACAAAAAGGUUUAAGCGGUUUGUUAGAUGAGAAUAGGAUUAGUGACUUGUCAUUACUUUACAACCUAUACAGUCGAAUAAAGAAUGGCCUUGUGGAGCUUUGUUUGAACUUCAACAGUUACAUUAAGAAAAAAGGCAAGACAAUAGUUAUAGAUCCAGAAAAAGAUAAAACGAUGGUACAGGAGCUGUUAGAUUUCAAAGAUAAAAUGGAUAACAUAGUCAAUACAUGCUUUCAUAAAAAUGAAAAGUUUGCAAACAGCUUAAAAGAAGCUUUUGAGGCUUUUAUUAAUCAGAGAGCGAACAAACCAGCAGAAUUAAUAGCUAAAUUUGUGGACUGCAAGUUACGCGCGGGUAAUAAAGAAGCAACAGAAGAGGAACUGGAAAGAUUGCUAGAUAAAAUUAUGGUACUUUUCCGAUUUAUACACGGAAAGGAUGUUUUUGAAGCUUUCUACAAAAAGGACCUAGCCAAACGUCUGUUGGUAGGGAAAUCUGCUUCUGUAGAUGCUGAAAAAUCGAUGCUAUCUAAAUUAAAGCAGGAAUGCGGUGGUGGUUUUACUAGUAAGUUGGAAGGGAUGUUCAAAGAUAUGGAACUUAGCAAAGAUAUUAAUAUUGCGUUCAAACAGUAUGCAGGGAAUUUGCAGAGCGAAUUAAUAGCAAGUAACUUAGAUUUGACUGUGUCUAUACUUACCAUGGGAUACUGGCCUACAUAUCCUGUAAUGGAAGUCACCUUACCAAUGGAGAUGGUGCAGUAUCAAGAUGUGUUUAAUAAGUUUUACUUAGGAAAACAUAGCGGUAGGAAAUUGCAGUGGCAGCCGACUUUAGGACAUUGCGUGUUAAAAGCAUGGUUCAACCAGGGUAAUAAAGAACUGCAGGUGUCGCUAUUUCAAGCGCUGGUCUUAAUUCUGUUCAACGACAGCGAUAAUCUCUCAUUAGAGGAUAUCAAAGCUGCCACAAAUAUCGAAGAUGGCGAGCUAAGAAGAACAUUGCAGUCUCUAGCAUGCGGGAAAGCUCGUGUUCUGCAAAAAAAUCCGCGUGGACGAGAUGUCGCUGACAAUGAUAGAUUCGUAUUCAACGCGGAAUUUACAAAUAAGCUGUUCAGAAUCAAGAUCAAUCAAAUUCAAAUGAAAGAAACGAAUGAAGAACAAAAAGCAACGGAAGAGAGAGUAUAUCAGGACAGACAGUAUCAGAUUGACGCUGCUAUUGUCAGAAUUAUGAAAAUGAGAAAAACACUGACACACAAUCUUCUCAUUAGUGAACUGUAUAAUCAAUUAAAGUUUCCAGUUAAGCCUGCAGAUUUGAAGAAACGAAUUGAGUCUCUCAUUGAUAGAGAUUACAUGGAGCGAGAUAAGGACAAUGCGAACCAAUACAAUUACGUUGCGUAACCUGAAGCAAAUGCCAAAGUCACGUUGAAUCAAAUCGACGCUGAUUUUUUUAGCAAAUUGAAUCAAUCGCCAUCGAUGUUUGUUGUGAAUGUAACGGGUUGCAGCUCGAACAGCAGACUCGUGGACUGGAUCUGACUGUUUGGCAUAACCGUUAAAAUAUGUGGACAGUGCAUAAAGAAAAAGAAGAAAAAGAAAAAAAGAAAAAAAGGAACUACAGUGAACUUCCUCUUCUUAAUUUUCUUAGUGCAUUAUGGACACUGAACGAUUGCAAUCCUCUUCAUAUGGUGUGUUGUGUUAUUAUCGAAUUUCGAUAACGGAAGGAAAGAAGCAAGAAAGAGAGAGAGAAGCCACAUGAGCCAGACUAUCCACAUGGAAUAUCCUUGAUAAUACGACGUCCUAGGAUAUAACGAUUUUUUAUGCGACGCAGUUUUUCACAGCAUACUUACAGUUAAGAGGAUGUAAUAGAGGCAGAAUGUAGAAUAACACUGACACUACAAUGAAAAAUAGAAUAUAAGAGUGCAAUUGCAAUAUAAAUUAGUUAAUUUGAAGUGAACAACGCGCGUGCGCGAUGCAGUAUUUAUAAUGAACAUAAAAGAGACAUACUACAUCUAUGCAAUAUAUUGGUGGUAAUUAUAUAUUUGAAAUCCACUGAUUAUUUCUACUGUAUAAUUUGCUUUUUCGUAUGUCAUCAAUGAAAAAGGAUGAAGAGAUACCACUUAAAUGAAGAGCUUCAGCACAAAUGUAGUAUGUGAAAGGCACUUCAAAUUUACUGUGUGACCACAUUACCUGGAUGAAACAUUAGAAAAUUGAGAAUAACCUAAGUGUUUUUGGAUCAAAUCUGCAGAAGUUUUUUAUAUAUACUUAAAAUAUGUCGUUCGAAAUUUAUAAUUAUAAAAGAGAAAAAAUUUAUAAUUAUAAAAUUUAUAAUUAUAAGAGAGAAGGUGACAGUAAAUUGUGACAUUCCUCGAUAUUUUUACUCAAGAAAAAAAUCUAAAUAUAUCGAAGAAUUAAUCACUGAAAUUUAAAUUAAUGAGGCAGCCUGAAUACGAUACUUCAAUUUUUGGAGAGAGAAUCCAAAAAUAAACGUUGUACAAGUUCUUUAUAAGAACUAAAGCAGAAACUGUAGCAUGAUUUGUCCAAAUUUUGGAGAUGACAAAACAGGCUGUGCGUUUUAGUAAAUGCUUAACGGUGAUAUAACUUUGUGCAUAUUUGGUCUUAAAAACCUAGUCGGGAUACUUCGUGGUCGUUUCUUGCGUGAAUAAAAAUAUGUUAUAUAAUAUAUAUAUGCUUUAUGUAUAUAUAUAACAAUAUCUCAUACUAUUCAUUCUCUUCAAACAUAAGAAGAGAAGCUGAUCCAUUAUUUAAAUUUUGCUUCAUGAUUCACAUAUUUAUGUGACUACUUCAAUAAAAAAAAAAAAGAAAUCAGCUUAUUCUUCUCUGUAUAAAAUAAUUCCAAUUAUUAUAUUUAUAAGUUUACAUGGGUAAACAAAUCUAAUAAAUUGAUUGUAAUCGAUUUAAUAAUUUCCAAAAAUUAUACAUAUUUCUCAUUCAAUCUGAUUCUAUGUACUCUAUUCUAGAUUCGAACCAGCAAAAAAGAAUCGAGGCUACUACAUUACUUACGAGACGACGAUUCACUAAUUUGAUAAAGAAGAGCUAUACAUUUCUUGUAAAUGCUGUGUAAAACGUAAAAGUUAAAUUCAGCAACACACGAACGUAAUAUUUGGGUAAAAGUAAAUAAUGCAACCAUU